GCGCGCAGAAGCGCGUGCGCGGCCACGGCGUUGUGCGUGAGAGCGGGCGCGCGCCGCGGCGGCGGCGGCGAGGAAGGCGGCGACGGCAUCUGCCGAGGGGGCGGUGGUUACGAGCAGGCAGCGGAGCAGGCGGAAGAGGCCUCUGUGCCGGCGGCUAGGUCGCAGAGGAACCUUGUUGGGAUCAGCGACUAUCAUCUAUUCCACAAGAUGAGUAACAGCCACCCUCUUCGCCCCUUUACUGCAGUGGGGGAAAUUGAUCAUGUGCACAUUUUGUCUGAACAUAUUGGUGCCUUGUUGAUUGGGGAAGAAUAUGGUGACGUCACAUUUGUCGUGGAAAAGAAACGUUUUCCUGCCCACAGGGUAAUUUUAGCAGCGAGGUGCCAGUAUUUUCGAGCAUUACUGUAUGGUGGAAUGCGAGAAUCUCAGCCCGAGGCAGAAAUCCCUCUCCAAGAUACCACUGCAGAAGCAUUCACAAUGCUACUUAAGUACAUCUACACUGGGCGGGCGACACUGACAGAUGAGAAGGAGGAGGUGCUGCUGGACUUUUUGAGCCUGGCUCAUAAAUAUGGAUUUCCAGAGCUGGAGGAUUCUACCUCUGAGUAUCUCUGCACCAUACUUAACAUUCAGAAUGUCUGUAUGACUUUUGAUGUUGCCAGUCUCUACUCACUUCCCAAGUUAACUUGUAUGUGCUGCAUGUUUAUGGACAGAAAUGCUCAGGAGGUGCUCUCAAGUGAAGGCUUCCUCUCCCUUUCUAAGACAGCACUUUUAAACAUCGUAUUAAGAGAUUCAUUUGCAGCUCCCGAAAAAGAUAUUUUCCUAGCCUUGUUAAACUGGUGUAAGCACAAUUCAAAAGAGAAUCAUGCUGAAAUCAUGCAGGCUGUGCGUUUACCUCUGAUGAGUCUCACUGAACUUCUGAAUGUUGUGAGGCCUUCAGGGCUAUUGUCUCCUGAUGCUAUUCUGGAUGCUAUUAAAGUUCGAUCAGAGAGCCGGGAUAUGGACCUCAAUUAUAGAGGCAUGCUCAUACCAGAAGAAAACAUUGCAACUAUGAAGUAUGGAGCCCAGGUUGUAAAAGGGGAGCUGAAAUCUGCCUUACUAGAUGGUGAUACUCAAAAUUAUGAUUUGGAUCAUGGAUUUUCUAGGCAUCCAAUUGAUGAUGACUGCCGUUCUGGCAUCGAGAUUAAGCUAGGUCAGCCAUCCAUUAUCAACCACAUACGGAUACUCCUGUGGGACCGGGAUAGCCGGUCUUAUUCAUAUUUCAUUGAAGUGUCGAUGGAUGAACUUGAUUGGAUCAGAGUGAUUGAUCAUUCACAAUAUCUAUGUCGUUCUUGGCAAAAGUUAUAUUUUCCAGCCCGUGUCUGCAGGUUAUUCGAAUUGUACCUCUAUCUACAGCUUUGA